UGUGAAAUAAUAAAAAAAAUUGACAAGCAAACCGAAUUGAAAAUAUUUCAACAAAAAACAAAGAAGUUAUAAUGGAUCGCCAUAGAAGGGAACGUUCACCUCACAGGGAAAGGAGAAGGGAACGCUCUCCAUAUAGAGCAAGAAGGAGAGAACACUCACCGUACAGGGAAAAAAGGAGAGAAAGGCAACAAGUGCUGACAUACAAACAACUGCAGAAAAUGCCAUUAAAUCUACGAAAAAAGGCAGUUCGAGAAGCCCGUAAUCGCAAUGAGAAAAUCCGGGGAAAUCGAAAGAAGUGGAAGAAAGCUCGCCAAGAUGUUCCCACCCCUACCCGCCGUCUACAAAAUAACUUCGAUCGAUCCGAACACAAUGCCAUGCUGGCCAGUACUUCGCAGGAACUACGUCAAAUUUUGCAGGAUUUUGAGACUCUAUCGGACAUUCCCCACGAUAUCACACCGAUUGAACUAAGGGGCGAGAUAGCCAUCGCCGAGGGACAGGCCACAACGAUCCGAGUGCGGCGGGAUGGUCUCAGCACCCUUACUGUGGUGCUCCACCAGCGCGAGCCGACUAUCGCACAGCUAAAGAGGGCAAUUGCUUUGAUCUCGCGCGCACAGCACAAGCGCAAUCAGCGCGAACGGAACGAAGAGCGUCUUCGGCGUCGGGGAAUCGCCGACGACUCCAACGAUCGACGGCAGAGACAACCUGUUGUGGUGGCAAGUUCCACCGGCGAGUUAGUUCACUCCGCUCAGCGCAACGGGCAUGAUCAUCGCGCGUUCGUCUCGUGGCGAUUUUUAUGGCGCUGUUUUGGACUGUUAAACGUGGACACGAAUCAGCCGAUUGACGACCGAAGCUCCAGUGGCCGGGCCACAUUAAAGGAGCUGGGAAUUAAGAACGCCGCCACCCUAAAGUUUGUCCAUCGUGUCAAAUAUUUCGGUCGUCAGCGACAGAGUUAA